AUGAAGACUAUCCUUUCUUCGGAGACGAUGAACAUUCCCGAUGGCGUGAGAAUCAAGGUGCACGCCAAGGUCAUCGAAGUGGAAGGCCCUCGUGGCAAGUUGGUCAAAGACUUGAAGCAUCUCAAUCUCGAUUUCCAACUCAUCACCGACGAUAACGGCCAGAAGAAGCUCAAGAUCAACGACUGGUUCGGAUCCUGCAAAACCUCCGACGCCAUACGCACUGCCCUCAGCCACGUCGAGAAUCUCGUCACCGGCGUCACCAAGGGCUGCCGCUACAAGAUGAGGUUCGUGUCCCUUCACUUCCCCAUCAACGUUAGCAUUACCAACAACAACUCUUCCAUGGAGAUCCGAAAUUUCCUCGGCGAAAAGGAGGUGAGGAAAGUGGACAUGCUUGAAGGCGUCUCCGUUGUUCGAUCUGAAAAGGCUAAGGAUGAGUUGGUUUUGGAUGGUAAUGAUAUUGAAUUAGUUUCUCGGUCCUGUGCUCUCAUUAAACAGAUAUGCCAUGUUAAAAAUAAGGAUACCCGGAAGUUCCUUGAUGGUAUUUAUGUUAGCGAGAAGGGGAUCAUACUUGAAGAAUAGUGGUGAAAA